GGGCCGGUAUUAGCUUCGUUAUCUGGCUCACGUCGCGGAGCUCGUCAACUGUCAACACGGAUUGUGGACAGUGAAAACCUGCGCUGCUUUGUCACACAUUGAAGAAAAUGGUAGAAACGGUGACAUUUCCCACAAUAUCCCGGAAUAAAACGUUGUAUUUGUAGACUUUCUGACCGUGGUUGCAUCAAUUUUGGAAGGAGGGAUGCCGGUGGAGAGCGGGAGCAGCGCCGCCGCCCGCCAGGCCAAGCAGAAGAGGAAGUCCCACAGCUUGUCCAUCCGCAGGACCAACAGCACAGAGCAGGAGCGCUCCGGCCUGCAGAGAGACAUGCUGGAGGGACAGGACUCCAAGCUGCCUCUGUCUCUGAGGAGCAAUCUGCUGGACCUGUUCAGUCAGAUCGAGAGGGAGUUUGAAAACCUCUACAUAGAAAACCUGGAAUUACGCAGAGAAAUCGAGACGCUGAACGAUCGUUUGACUGCAGAUGGACAAACCUUCGAAGGAGCAGAUUUAGCCAAAGGAGCACUGAAAACAAAAGCGAGUCACAGCACGAGCCAGCUGUCACAAAAACUAAAGACAACCUACAAGGCUUCCACAAGCAAGCCCAGCCAGGGGGUCGACUCUCCCUCCCCAAGAGACUUGGUCAUUCAAAUUUGGAAUUUAUUUAGUGAUCUGUUUCCAAAACGCACCGAGGGUCCAGUUUGUAUCAUCCCCAUCUUUAAUAUUGUGUCUAGUUUUAAAGCGACCACGUCCAGAGCGGUGUGCCAGCUGGUGAAGGAGUACGUCGGCCACAGAGACGGCAUCUGGGACCUGAGCGUCACCAGGAUACAGCCCGUGGUGCUGGGUACUGCGUCUGCAGACCACUCUGCGAUGCUGUGGAGCAUCGAGACGGGGAAGUGCCUCCUCAAAUACAUGGGCCAUCAAGGAUCAGUCAACUCCAUCAAGUUCCACCCCACUGAACAGAUGGCGUUAACAGCCUCCGGAGACCAGACGGCUCACAUUUGGAGAUACAUGGUGCAGCUGCCGACUCCGCAGCCUGUUGCUGAUAUCAGCCAAACACCGUGUGAGGACGACGUGGACUUUUCGGAUAAAGACGAGGCAGACGGCGAGGUCGAGGGUCCAAACGACUGUCCUUCUAUUCGCAUGGCAACCACGACUCUGCGCAGCCAUCAGGGCGUGGUGAUCGCCGCUGACUGGCUGGUGGGGGGCAAACAGGUUGUGACGGCGUCCUGGGACCGAGCCGCCAACCUGUACGACGUGGAGACCUCAGAGCUGGUCCACUCGCUCACUGGCCAUGACCAGGAGCUGACCCACUGCUGCACACACCCCACCCAGCGUCUGGUGGUCACCUCCUCCAGAGACACCACCUUCAGACUGUGGGACUUCAGAGACCCGUCCAUCCACUCCGUCAACGUGUUCCAGGGACACACUGACACGGUGACGUCCGCUGUCUUCACGGUGGGCGACAACGUGGUGUCCGGCAGCGACGACCGAACCGUCAAAGUGUGGGACCUGAAGAACAUGAGGUCGCCCAUAGCAACCAUCCGCACAGACUCCGCCGUCAACAGGAUCAGCGUGUCGGCGAACCAGAAAAUCAUCGCUCUGCCUCACGACAAUCGGCAGGUCCGACUGUUCGACAUGUCCGGGGUGCGUCUGGCUCGACUCCCGCGAAGCAACAGACAGGGUCACCGGCGGAUGGUGUGCUGCUCCGCCUGGUGUGAAGACAACACCUCCUGCAACCUGUUCACCUGCGGCUUCGACAGACAGGCCAUCGGCUGGAACAUCAACAUCCCCGCCCUGCUGCAGGAGAAAUGACCUGCGCCUCCUGCUACUGUCCCCCUUCAGUGAAGCUCCACCCAACGUCUGCCCCCCCAGAGCAUCAAACACUCGCAUCCUGCAGGCUUAAAAGGUGGCUUUAAAAAGUUUACUUUGACUUUUCGUCUGUGAAAAGUUCUCACAUGACGUAGUUUGAGCGAUCGCUCAUUGGAAGUCAACGUUACGGAAUUUUUAACAGCUGUCUUUAGAGUCUACAGGAGGAAAGUAUUUGACUUGUAAAGCUCCCUGAGGUCCGACCUGCCCCAGACGAGGGAGGGUGGGACAGAGAAGGGGCUCGCGCUCGCUGCCUGCUGCAUCCGUCACGCUCUCUAACUCCCCUCCGCUGAUAUACACGGAACACAAAGUGGUUUUCUUUUACGCUAUCCAACAGUGGACCAGAAACAGAAAAAUAACCUCGGAUGGAAAAAUCCACAAGUUUUUUGGUGUUUUCAGGAGUGAAUCUGUGACAACUUCCUGAUCUCUGCGAUCGCUAAACGUAGGUGCAAAAUGGCCGCACCAGAAAGAAGCCCUCGCUCUUUGAAUUUGUCAAAUUGAUGCUUUUUACUUUCCAUCUUUUCAAUCUUUCAAGCACAACUCAAAGUUCUCUCUAACACACUUUAAACGUUCAUGUUACCAGAGCAGCUCAGUCUGUGUGAGACAUUAAUGCACCUUUUAGGACUCAUACUCCUAAAUACUUCAAGCUUUCACAAGUUUCUUUUCGUUCUGUACAUAGUGAACACAGUCGAAAUAGAAAAGCUAAAUGCUGGUGAGUUCCAGCUGCAGGCUGCUCGGACUCUUCUGCAACCUGAACACAAUGUGAGUAAAUACUUGUCCUGCGCUGAGUUAGUGCUAGAACGUUUUCUCUGUGCAGACGCUUGUACUGCCGGUUUGUUGUUAGCCCGGAACAAAGUAGGGCCGUACUACAGAUCACGAUUCUGGAUGGCUUUCAGACUGAAGAGCAAAUCUUCUUAAUAACUUAGAAGAGGGAAAGUGGAUAUCACACACGCACACCUGCAUUGGUCUGACGGUGGCUGGUUGUAAGAUUUUAACACAUCGUCCAAACCUUAGUCUGCAUGAACUAGAAGAUACAAAAAUAUAAAAUCAUAAAUGUAAUUGUAACCUACAAGAGAAUUAAAUAUGUAAUCUUAAUUUGCAUGCUUAAAUCAAGACAAUUAAACUUUGCUGAUCUGUAAACCGAUAUAUAAAUAAGUUUUAAGAAUAAUAAUAAAUGUUGUUGCAAUACCGCUUCCAGCCACCAGCCAGCAUCACUUAAGUGGAAGUGAAUUCUUAAUUAACGUGAGUUAUAAUGAAAUGUACAGACAGUAUGUUCAGUAAUAUUCUUUAACAAACAGAAACAUUAAAACCUUGAAGUGUUUGAGUUCUGACAGCCAUCCAGACUUCCUGGUUCCUCUCAGUUUAGAUGUGUUGGUGUUACAAACUGAAGCGUCCUCUCGCGUGUGGAGGCUUCAGUGUUCUGAAUGUGUUCUUCACGGACUGAAACUUCUCCAGUGUUGCUCCCAGUAUGACCUUGUGUGUGAUUGGUCACAUUUGUCUGGAUGUGACCGUGUUUCUGUUCCUGUAACGCCAUGAACCAGCCACUGUGUGUCUAGUAGACGGAGACAAUGUAAACUACUUGUCGACAGAGUUUAGUUAGAGGCUGAUACAUGUGUAGAUAUUGUACCAUCAAGACUUAUGUGAAAGGAGAUUUAAGUGUUUCUGUACGUUGGAAAUGAAAUGUGUCGUCUCUAAGAGCAACACCUGUUGAAAUGGUUGUGAGGCAGGGCUGGGCAGCGACGUGUGAUACUUACAGUAACCUCUAUGUUGUACUAAUGUUGUGUUUGGUACUAAAUGGACUCUUGCAGCCUCUUUCUGACUCGAGACACCGAAGGAUCCAGGGUCUGAGUUUACUUCCUGGUCUGCAGAAAUGUAAACGAUUGUUAAAAUGAUGUUGUUGACUUUGUGACAAGUUGAGUAAAUACGAGAUAAAGAGAACAUAAGAGAGCUUUAGCUGCUCAUUGAUUUAAGCACUAAGACAGAUAAAACACUCAGAAGGUCGGAUGUGUUCAGCCUCUGCACGUCUUUGUUGUGACGUCCCUUCAAACGUCACAUCAGUAAAGUAUGAAGAGCAACAGGAAGUGCAGAAAAGGCCUUUUUGUUGUUCCUGAGUUUAGUUUGUGCGACGACACUCAGGGCCCGACGGCAGUGAAUAACGAGAACAGCGACGUUGUGUGUUUUAGAUGUUAAGACAUUGAGAGCUUGUCGCUGCUACAUGGACAUUUAUAAUUAUAACAUGGUGCACUUUAAAUGGCGAGAGGAGACGUGCGAUGGAAGAAGUUUGAAUAAAGAAGUAAAUGUAUUUAUCGGCUUCCUUUUCAAACUCACAGCUUCUGUGAAAAACAUCGAAUAAUUAGAAUAAAAACAUAAAACUUAACGAGAGAUGACUCGAGAUACUCUCGGUACCGACGGGACUAUUGGACUUUUUCAAAGUGUGAGGAAGUUUUCCUGCGUUCUGAGAUGAAGGGAGUAAACGUGAUCUGCUGCGUUCAGCAGAGGAAGAUAAUAUGUGUACGUUACAUAUCAAUGAACUCUGAAACGAAGCUGGCGUCAGAUCUGAUGUUCCUCGGAGGCCCAGCCCUGCCGUCUGUACCAGUACUUGAUAUGAUUGUAUAAAAAUAACUUUUGUUUCCUAGUUUAUCGCAGUGCCCUUUAGUGCUUAGUGUUGGAACACUGUUGUGGGGAUUCUGUCAGUGUCAUAUACGUAACGGUACUUUAAAACUAGUGAAUCUUUAGAGGAGUGUCGUGAUGCCGUCACCUGCUUUGCUUCCCCACUGCCACUAAAACAGCCAACGCUGCAUUUAGAGAGGCUGUAAUGAUGUGUGUGUGUGUGUGUGUGUGUGUGUGUGUGUGUGUGUGAUACAAAUCAACGUUUAACACGUGUUUAAUGUUGUGAUAACAAGCAGUUACAAAUGUUACACUCACAAGUUGCAGCAUUAACACGAUGAACAAGCACAGUCCAUUUCAAACUGAAUGUCUCGAAGUCCAGCUAGAGAUGUGUGUGUGUGUGUGUGUGUGUGUGUGUGUGUGUGUGUGUGUGUGUGUGUGUUUGGUAACACUUUACAGCUGUCUUUUUGCACCCAGUGAAAUGUAUUUCUAACAAUAAAAAGUCUUAGAAAUACAUUUAAUGUUGAAGUAAAUUUGCGUACAUCAAGUAAAUGGAUGUUUACUGAUAACUUGUCAAAAGGCACGUGUGAAGUGUUACUUUAAAACCAUAACAUUUGUAUCAUAUAAAUUGUAAUAUAUGAAAAAGUCGCUGUUUAGUGUUUUUCAGCUGCAGCAGUUUUAUUAUUAGCUUUUAUAACUUUGAUGAUCCUGCGUCUCAUUGUGUUUGUAUUUUUCUGUCUUCACAUUCACGUAACUCGCAGGUUAACUUUGUCACUUAUACCAGAGAGGUACUGUAGUCCUAAACUUAAGUUAGCCUGACGCUAAUUAUCUGAUAAACAUGUCAGCUGCAGACGAGACGUUUAGGUAUAUUAAAAACACACCAACCCUUCUUGUGAGGAGUUAUUUAUAUUUCCAGGAUCUGCAGCUUUAUUUUCUCUGUAUUCACUUCAGCUGCAAAGAGCACAAAUUAAAACUAUUUUAGCAGAAAUAGGAGACGACACCGUUGAUGCUCUGCAGAAGGAGUCAUCCCUGGCUUAACUGACAAAACAUUUUGUUUGUGUGAAGGAAAUUUAAAAGCUGUGUGUGUGUGUGUGUGUGAAUGUUCGAUCUCUAAAGUUUCACUGCACUCAUCUGCAUUUUCUACCAACACUGAGCCACUCUGCUGCCUGCCACGUUCAUAAUAACGUCCAGUUCACACUGUUCACUCUCAACCACAUGAAACCAGAUCCCAUCGCCGUGUUAAACUGGCUCCUUGGUGUUAAACUGGCUCCUUGGUGUUAAACUGGCUCCUUGGUGUUAAACUGGCUCCUUGGUGUUAAACUGGCUCCUUGGUGUU